AUGGAUGUCGGCGGAGUCACAGCUAAACAAAUGGAUGGUGUUGGAGAUGACCCCGACGACGCCUCCGACGACGCCUACGACGACGCCUCCGACGACGCCUACGACGACGCCUCCGACGACGCCUCCUAUGGUGGUGGUGGUGGUGGAAAGAAAGACCAAAAGAAGAAGAAGAUAAAACCAAAGCCAGUACAGAUAGAAACGAUCAGUCCAUGGGACGACAAAUUUCCUAAGGAUCUCCCGAAAGGAACAAAAACAACGGAUUUUGAUUGGUCUGACAGCGAUAUUGGAGAAGUUAUCAGGGAGGUCAUGGAUCAGGGCAACAGACGUACGUGUUGGACAGCUGCAACAACUAGAAGCUUCUCUGCGAGCCUUGUAAUCCAGAAGAGGUUUGAUCCACCCCUGUGGUUAUCGGCUCUGCAUUUACUGGUGGGACUCAUCGACAAAGUGGAUUCCAAGGGAGGGCUUAAAAAGCUAGAAGAUCUACGGAAGUUCAUGAUCGAUCAUGGGACAAUUCUAGAAGAAGACUGUAGCUGCCCUCAAAUGGCUUUAGAAGAUAAAAACAACAAGUCUAGACCCGAUCCGGUUCCUUGCACCGACAAAGACAAAACCGAGAAUAUUCGCAAGUUUAAAGUUGAAGAUUUGGUCAUCUUGGACGAAGUAGACGAAAAAGAACUUAUGCGUUUGGUCAUCAAAGGUCCCGUAGCUGUCGGUAUCGAGGUUUACCAAGACUUCCUUGACUUCAAAGGGGAUGGCAUUUACACAGGGCUUGAGACGAUAGGCGAUAGCUUGGACAAACACUUGUUUCUGCUGAAAGGUUAUGGAACCACAAUGCCUGACAAGGAUCACUAUUGGAAGGUCCAAAAUUCUGCAGGAACUAAAUGGGGAGACAAAGGAAACGGGAAGAUCAUGCGGCAGACUAGUAGCGGAGCAUCAUCAUCUAUCUUUACAUGCGUUGUCUACCCUAAGCUUUUGGACUACUAUGAGGGGCAAAACGAAGCCGUUUGA